CUCGCUGCGCCAGGCUCCGCUUCCAGAGCUCCGGAGACCUACACGCCAAGAGCCAGGCUGGGAAAGACCCUCCUCCUCUGUCCCACUUCCUAUGUGCGGUGGAAAAGCCAGGCUCGGCUCUUGGAACCUAGGGGGAGGAUCGAGGGACAGCCUAUACGAAGGUUUCUGGAGACAUUCAGGCUCUCCCCAUUUACGGGAGGUGGCAGGAGCCUUCAGAAGAGAGAAGGGGUGCUCCCUGGCUACCAAGCAGCUCCCAACCUGAAUGGAGUGAAAGAUGCGGCCUGAUGACAUAAAUCCGAGGACUGGGCUGGUGGUGGCCCUGGUCAGUGUUUUUCUGGUCUUUGGCUUCAUGUUCACUGUCUCUGGCAUGAAGGGGGAAACUCUGGGGAACAUCCCUCUGUUGGCCAUCGGGCCAGCCAUCUGCCUACCAGGCAUCGCAGCCAUUGCUCUGGCCAGGAAAACCGAGGGAUGCACCAAGUGGCCGGAGAAUGAGCUACUCUGGGUCCGCAAGUUACCCUGUUUCCGAAAACCCAAGGACAAGGAAGUGGUGGAACUGCUGAGGACCCCGUCAGACCUGGAAUCUGGCAAGGGGAGCUCAGAUGAACUGGCUAAGAAGGCAGGCCUCAGAGGGAAGCUGCUCCCACAGGGGCCAGGUGAGGUGCCUAUGGCCAGCUCCAUUACUACCCCCUCACCCACAGAAGAAGCAGAAUGCCAGAGUCUAGUCCAGAGUGGGCGUCAGGAGGAGACGUCCAGAUAUCUGGAUGGCUACUGCCCCUCGGGCAGUUCCCUCGCCUACAGUGCCUUGGACGUCAAGGGCUCAGCUGACCGCCCUGAGCCUGAGGACAGCAUCUUCUUUGUACCCCAGGACAGUAUAAUCGUCUGCUCCUACAAGCAGAACAGCCCUUAUGACAGAUACUGUUGCUACAUCAAUCAGAGCCAAGGCAGGUGGGACCACGAGACAAUAGUCUGAUCUGGGCAGCCAAGGGUCCCGUGUUGACAGACACGUUGCUACACUCAGCUUCUUUCAAUGGAAGAAAAUCUCUGCUCCAACAGCCUUCGUACUCUUAGAAACUGGCAUGGUAUGUGAUGGGGUGCAGACCUCUGGUGCCUGAUACUUAUGUAAAUACGCAUGUAGGGGGCAGAUUUUAGGGACGAGCUGAGGUUUACUUCUCUUUAGAGAAGAGGAAGUAAAUAGGGAAAAAAAGUUCCAUUUGCUUCUGAACAAUUUAAACAAUGUUGAAUGCUUUGUAAAGCAGCCCCCAAAGUGCUAAGGAUGCCCCUGGUGACAGUCAGGGGCAUCUAGAGAGAGCCAGGUAUCAAAGGAUGCAGAGCUGUCCACAUAGAAGCUGGCUACUUGUGCCUGAAGAAAGGGGAGGGAAAGUUUGUGUUCCUUUAUACAAAAUGAGUUUUGCCUGUUGAAAAUGUUGAAAAGCUUUUCAUGUAUGGUAGCUGCUGGAAGAAAUAAAAAUCAAGAUAGAAUAGAUAAACCCUCCUCCUUAAAUGGGUUGGAUUUUGGAGGAAGGGGAGUUAAAGAUAGCUGGAAUGUAUAAUUGAGUCCUGGCCUCUAACAAGGUCACAUUUCAAAUAAAGUGUUGAUUAUGUUAUAUGAAAAGUUAUUAUUUCAGAUGGCUGUGUUACGUCUUAAACUCUUCAUUUGAGUUGAUUUGCCGGAACUUUAUCUGAAGUUUUUAAAUAUUUACUAACAUUCAUGUAUUUCCUUACCAGGUGCAAAAUGACUUGAUGUAAUAUUUUCAUAGAUUAGAAUUUCUUUUUAUCAAGACAAAACAAAAUUUACAUAUAUACACAUAUAUAUAUACAUAUAUGUCUCUCUGUCUUCAACAUUUCGUAGAGGCAUGUACUAGGAAUUACUAUAUGUCUUUUAAAACAUGAAACUGCAAAGUGAACUAACUAGUCCUGAACAUUCUGAAAAGUCCGAAUUAAAUGCAAUGGUUAUAAGCCUCUGGAAAUGCUGUCAUGUGUACAUUUGUUCAACAGCCUCCCGCCCCCAACCACGACUGUAAAUGCCAAUGAAACAAGAGUUUAUUUAUAAGAUUGAAUUGAAGCUCAUAUUUCAUUAAGUUCACUGGACCAGUAAAAUUUACAUGAUAAAAAUCUCAGUAUUUCCUAUUUUGUGGCUGAGGGAAGAAACAUCAUAAUGGUAUCCUAAAAUUUAUUUCCUGGUUUUUUUUUUUUUUUUGCUUAAUUGCAACCGAUAAGAAGAAUAAUCAGCUGAUACGUCGUUUUACCCCUCUUGUAGAAUAAAUGCAUUUAUAAGAACAGUGACAGAUUUAGUCUUGAGAAUUAGGAUUAUUUUAUACCCUUCAAUGAAAUUUAAUUCUAAUUAUUAUACCAAAUAGUUUUAGUCACCUCCCAAAAGGUGACUUGAGGACAAAAAAUUGGGGAGCUCAUCUCUUUUAUGUAUUUCAAGUUCAACUCUGUGAUUCUUAAGAAUUAUACUCGUAAAAGUCAUAAUUUUUGAAUGAUGUUUGAGAUCAAAAGUAUGUCAUCUUUUUAG